AUGCCAUCCCCUACCGACGACGAGACGCCAUUCCCCUCGUUAGACCGUUCUACCCUCCAUGGGUUUGGCCGUUCGCAUCUUUCCCCUGACGAUGCUUUUGUCUCGCCUCCUCGAGGCCCGCGAGGCCGCAGCAGAAGGCGCAAGCGUCCAUGGAAGAAGCUGAUGUGGGUGAAGCAAUCGUACCCCGAUAAUUACACCGACCAAGCGACUUUUCUCGAAAACCUGCAGCGCAACCCUCGCCUCAAGCCCUACGACUUCUGGCCUCUUGUCGCAGAUUCCACCGUCAUACUACAGCAUGUGUGCUCCGUCAUAAUAUUCGUUGUCUGUUUUGUUGGCAUAAACCAGGACCGCGUGUCCCCUGUUGCUGUCACAAGCUGGAGCAGCUUUGCGACAUUCGUGGGGUGGAUUUUGUGGGAACGUUGGCUAUCAGAAAUCGAAGAACCCGACGACCCGAGUCUGGGCGUGGCAGCGAAUGUUAUGGGGAGGGCCGGCCGUACUGGCAGUUUGAGGCGGCCAACCCGUGCAGGAAGCAUCCGGCGUCCAACUCCGCUCCGGAUCGAAUCGGCACCAUCCACUGCCGCGCCAUCUGCUACUCCUUCGGCGGCGAGCUCAACGACCAACCUACAUGCGCCAAUUACGAUGCACCGAGCGAAGUCGACUUCGAAUACGUCCCUGUUCGGCGGCGGUAUCACCCACACUCCCCGAGCAAGCCAGGAACAUCUUCCUGAACUACCCCCUCCACUCCUGCCCGAGGAGAAUAGAUAUAGGCAGAGGAUGGAGACUAUUAAAUCUGCGAUCCUUAUCUACUGCACGCUACUGGGACUUAGUCCAAUACUCAAAUCACUUACACGAUCAACAUCGCCCGACAGCAUUUGGGCCAUGUCCUUCUGGCUUCUCGCAAUCAACAUCUUUUUCUUCGACUAUUCAGGUGGUGUGGGUGCCAAGUUCCCAGCAUCCUUAUCCACCAAUGCCGCUUUGAUGGCAUCAACUGUGCUGGCCAGCCGGCUGCCUUCUACCAAGCAGGUGUUCAGCCUGACUCUUUUCAGCAUCCAAGUAUUUGGACUAUUCCCCGUGUUUCGACGAUACGUACGGCACCGCAGCUGGCGUUUCCAUAUACUCUCAGCUAUUCUACUGGUGUUAGGAGCCAGCUUCGGGGUUGGCCUUAUACUGGGGGAUGCUGGAGGAACGGAUGGAUGGCCGUGGAAGAGUGGACUUGUGGGCAUGCUUGUUGGAGUAGUAAUUGCUAUAUUGGGUACAGGAGGCUGCAGUUGGUGGCUGAUCGGGCUUCAGAAGUACAAGAACGAAAUACGAGGGCCAUGGGAUGCAGCGAGACCUAUCAUCAUGAACCGACCUCGAUGGGAUGAUGAUUCAUGA